AUUAAUAAUGAAAAGGACCUUCAUUUUCAGCUCAUAAUCAAUAGGUAUCAGCUAUUAAUUCAACAUUGAUUUAUUGAGUGUAUUAAGCAGCUAUAUUCCAGUCCCUCUACUAAGUAGAGGGAUACAAAGCCAUUUCUAUUGUGACCACAUUGGUAAGAAUUAACUUCCCCUCUGUUCUUCCUACUGAUGUCAUAAACAGUCAUCUGACAUUUUAAAACCAUAUAUCUCAUUGAAAAGGGAACUAACUUUUUAGGCCUUGCAUGUAAACCCCCAACACAGACUGGCUGCAUUCCCUCUUUAUAGGGAAGAGUACAAGCAGACUACAAGAACUUCAAAAUCACAUUGUACACAAGAACUUCAAAAUUACAUUAUUUUCCCACUAUGGCAAAUUCAGUGCUGGGGAUUUUGUGUACUUGGAGCAUAUUUGUGCCCCCUUUGAAAUCUAAGAACGCUUUGUGUACAAGAGUAGUCGGAAAAGCAACUAAAUGAGAAAUGGGUGGUCUGAGGGCGGCCUUUCUCUGAAAUUUGCUUACUUACUUUCUGGGGUUCCAUUAAACGCUAUGUUCCCGGUGAAGCCUGGCUUCAUUUUCUAUCCUGGAAUGAAGCACUGCCUGCCCUGCUCAUGUGGUAAAGGUACCUUGCACGCAGCCUUCACAGACUGCCAGUUAAGGCAUGGGAAGACCUUAUUGUGCCAGAUUUCACAGUGUCUAGCGUGGGGCUUUGCAGAGUUGGUAAAUGCUUUUUGAAUUGAACCCUAACUUCUUUAAGCAGGCUCUAGUACCUUUAUAAGAUAAGAACCAACAAUAUUUGAGUCACUGGUUAGAAAGAAUAAUGUGAAACAAAUGAAAGUGAAGGAGUAUAGGUAGGGUUUGAGGUAAGCUGGGAAAAAAAGAAUGAGAAGGGUUUCUUCAAAUCCAUGCUAAAUCCUCUCAAUUCUGAACACUCUGAAGCUAGAAAUAAAAGCCAAACUAUUUAAAAUGUAGGCAGGAGGGAUGCUUUGCUAUGGUUAUAACCACUUAGACUUAUACUCCUCUAAAGGAAAAGUGAAAAUAUCACUCUUUAUUCUGGAUACCAUCCACUAUACAUAGCACACACACAGACACACACACACACACACACACCACACAGGGACACACACACCCUACUCAAGCUAACGUAUUAAAAAGGAAACUUGUUUAAUUUUUAAAAAGACUUUCUGGUAUACAGUGAAUUUUCAUUUUUAUUUUUGUCCCUGUAGAUAGCCGGGUUUAUUUUUGUUUUUUGUAAUGGAAAGCAGCAGGAGGAAUCACAGUAAUGGAAGAAAGAGUACCAUCUAAACUUAGGAAAGACUUUGACACAAAUUAGCUAUGUUACGUUGAUGCAUCACUGAAGUGUCUGGAUCUAGAAGUUUGGACUAUAUCUUUUCAAAUGUAAUAUCCUGCAAUCAUGGGAGAAAUUUAUUAGUCCUUUUGGGAAGCUGCAAGUGAUUGGGAGAAGCCCAACUUAACUCUCUGAAAACCUUUAUGGAGGGUACAUGUUGAAUAAGUCUUUUUAGCAUGAAACUAGAAAUAAUUAGAUGACCAGUUAAAUCUGACUCCCCCAAACACAGACACAUACUCAAGGGGGCUACAUAGUUUAUUACAGUUAAUCUUUUAUAUCAUUAACAACAUUCGUGUAUGUUAGUGUUGUAAGUCGCCCUAUGUCAGUAUAAGAAGUAACAUUGUGCUGGAAAGGUAUUCAGCUUUGUGCAUUAGUUUAUGUGGAAUAUUAUGAAAAAAUUAAUUUGACUUUGCAUUAUGAAUUUUAUGUGUUUAAGCUGUCAAAAAUUCUCUGUGGUAAAAAUAACUUCCAUGUGUCUACCAAUGUAUAUUGAAUGAUCUGUCUGCAAUUAACAAGCAAGAACAUAAGCAUUAAAAAAUGUGCGUGUCAACAAACAAAAGUAGAGUUCCCUUUGACUUACACUAGAGGCACAGAAAUACCAUCUUUGGAAAAAUUUCAAAAACAAGAAAGUUUCUAAGUUUCAAAAAAUUAUAUGGGUGUACAUUUCAUGUAAGUUCUGUUUAGCUUAAAAUGAUCUUGAUACUUAAGUGAAUAGGAGAUAUGCAAAGCAGUUACAUGUUGGGAGUGAGUAAUUUUACUUUAUUUCCAAAUAAUAGGAUUUGAGGUCAGGAAAGGUAACUGGAAAGAUCAAACUAUGUCUCAUGUCACCGGACUAUGGGUUCCUCUCUGUAACUUGUGGGCCAAGAACAAGGCUUUGCACUUGAUAAUUUAGUAGGAGCUCAAGAGAUGACUGGAUGAAUAAAUAAUGAUCUGUUUUUGUUGGCACAUAAACAAGUAAUUCUAGUUCUUUCACCUUGUUUGGAAGAGGUUCAUAUGUUUCAAAACAGAAAAUUAUAUGAAAUUAAUGAUUUGUAGGCAGAGAACUGCAAACAUCUAGCAUAAGGUAUUAGGAUACUGAGAGCUGGAAAGAGGCAGAUAAGGCAUUUGGUUAUCAGGGGAGACCAAUGUCCAGUUUGUCCAUUUGUCAGUCUCUCCUUCUCUCUCAGUCUUUGGCCAGGAAAAACACUGAUAUUUUUUCCAAAAUGCAUGUUUUUACUUCUUUGUUAUUCUGUGUUUUUUUCAGAAAGUCUGACUCACACCUCCAGGGAACUAAUUUAGUGGGCAAGAAGUUUAUUUGAAGUCUUAGGUAUAAAAUGAACAAUGGUAUAAAUGAAAAUGAACUAUUUUCCACAGUGAUGUGGAAGAUAGGAUGAGUGAUAUGCAUCCGGAGAUGAGAAAAGAAGAUGUUGCUAUGAGGACAGAUUCAUCAAAAAUGACUGAUGUGGAGUCUGGGGUCGCCAAUUUUGCAUCUUCAGCAAGGGCAGGCCGCCGGAAUGCCUUACCAGACAUCCAGAGUUCAGCUGCCACAGACGGAACCUCAGAUUUACCCCUCAAACUGGAGGCUCUCUCCGUGAAGGAAGAUGCAAAAGAGAAAGAUGAAGAAACAACACAAGACCAAUUGGAAAAGCCUCAAAAUGAAGAAAAAUGAAGGCUCAUAAUCUGUCAAGAGUGCUGAAUUUCCGCAUGUUGAAAGACUUAGUGGUUCUGUUUUCCUGAGACAUUUAAUCUGGUGGUAACUGUGGUAACAUUGCAGCCCUAAGCAGCAUGUGUAUAUUAGAUAAUUGUGUUGUGAUGCUACUCACUUUGAUUGCAAUGAUGAUGUCCAAUCUAAGCUAUUAAAAGGCAGGUCACUUCCAAAUCGCACCGAAGAAAAAGGUUAAAAAUAAUACAUGAUCACAGAAAUGCAUACCAUUGUCUGUAAGCCCAACAAAAUUCACUAUUCUCUUUUGGAUUUACUUAGCCUGAUGUAUUUUUAAUUCAGUUUUUAUGAUGAUAAGCAAAUCAUUUCUUGGUAACUGUAAAUCAAACACCAUUGAUUUAAAACUUCAUGGAAUUUGUAGAAAAUUAUGGACUUUUUUUUUUUUUUUUUUUGGUGAGAAAGAACAAUAGUCAAAACUCACAUGGAUAGUGUUUGUUUUUAGCCAAAAAUGCCCCAGAUUUUUUCCCAAACCUCAAAAACGAUUUGGAAAAAUUGCAAAAGUUUGAUAACAGAAACAUCUUUAGGAUAUUUUUGCCUGACAUAUUUUGCUUCUAGUAUGUGCCUACUGUGAUUUUUUUCAUGUGGAAAAUGCAAAAUUUGUAACAAAAUGUUAUAUGGAACAUGCCUAUUAAAUGAGUUUUACUAUCUUCCUUAACUUUGGUAUAUGUAUGUGUGUGUGUGUUUUACUUUAAUAUGAAUUAUACAAAAUACUAGUGGUUUUACACUCUCUUUUCUUAUUCUUAGGGCUUUUGUGUAUGUCUGAUUUGUUUUUAAAUACCUUCCUCAGGAAUGCAGACCUUAAUUUUUAUAUUUUUUUAAAGUAGCUAACAUAGCAGUAGGCACUUAAGCAUUUAGUCAAUGAUGCUGGUAGAAAUAGUAAAAUACAUCCUUUAAACAUGUAUAUCUAAACAUAUUUUAAAAGGAGCAAAAAUAAAACCAAAGUGUUAGUAAAUUCUGAUUUAUUAGACAUUUUAGAAAAAUAAUAGAAUUCUGAAGUUUUAAAAAUGUCAGUGAUUAAUUUAUUUUCAUUUUCAGAAAUUUAUGCAUGCAGUUAUAUUUUAUUUGAUUGUUGACUUAGGCCACGUCUGUAUAUAGUAACCGAAUAAACUCUUUUGCUGCUAAAGAGAUUUGUUACUGA